AUGUCGUUCAUCGUGAACUGGGUCAGCGACAAGGUUGAGGGAUAUGCAAAGACUGGUAUACAAGCUGGCGGGACGAUGGCAGGGAAUGCCGUUGGAGGGGUGGGGAGUCUGGUGGAGGGCGCGGGCAGGUCUACUGCUGGAGGUGUGACUGGCGGCGUCGGCAGCGUAGCGAACUACAUCAACGGCUACGGCGACACGAUCAAGCGAUCCAUGUCCGCCGAUGGACCCGUAUCUGGCGGUAACAAGACUGCCGUGAAGCCCUCAGCGCCGACCGCGAAGCCUCAAAGCGCACAGAAGGCACUGCCCUCCUCGCAAGGCGCAAAGAAGGCAUUGCCAUCCGCUGGAGGAGCACCGAAAGGGCUACCAGCCGCCUCACAAAAACCAUCCACACCCCGCCCAAACACAGGCAGCAUAUCCAAGCCCACUACCGCCAGUGCAAAGAAACCUCCCACCACCAACGGCGCAGCCCCGCGCUCCGCCCCGGGCGGCCCUCCCUCGAAACCACCCUCCGCCGUCUCCCAGCCCUCCAGCAACCCCGGCAAAGUCACCUCCAGCACAGCGCCGAGCGGGAAGGUGAAGAUCUCGGCGGAGAGCAGACCGAAGCCAGCCGGUGCGAAGACUGCUGCCAGACCUUCGAACGCGCCGAGUGUGAAGCCGAAGGACCCGUUGGGGAUAGAGGGGAAGCCGCAGCAGGGUGGGCAGAAAGGUGGAGGGACGAAGGCGAGUGCGGGGGAUCCGUUGGCGAUUGGGAAUGAUAUUGGGUCGAUUGGGAAGAAGAAGUAG